UUCAGAGGAAGCAUCUCACCUUACCUGCCCAGACAUGGCCCCCUGUUCAAACAGCUACUCCUCCAUGCACAACACAAGGAUGUCUGAGAAGGACAACAUCAAAUUAAGAAAGCCUGUUGUGGAGAAAAUGCGCCGCGAUCGCAUCAACACCUGCAUCGAGCAGCUCCGACUCAUCCUGGAGAAGGAGUUUCACAAGCAGGAGCCCAACUCCAAGCUGGAGAAGGCCGACAUCCUGGAGAUGACGGUGAGCUUCCUGAGGCAGCAGCUGCAGUCGGGCCUGUGCGGCGGCCCGGGCUUCCCUCCCUGCUGGAGGGACUCCCUGCUGGCCCCCCCCUCCGCCGGCACCGGCGCAGAGCCCCCCGCCGCCCCUCUGCAGGCUCUCCGGCCGCAGAACCAGACACUCCAUCAGACCCAGAGAGCCAGCCUCUGCUCCUCCGCCUGCUCCACCCUCAGGCCCACCUCCCUGCCGGACGGCAGGAGCAGAGGCCCCGUGUGGAGGCCUUGGUAG